AUGUUCUCUUCAGGAUUCCUUCUCCCAGCUUUACUCUGGCUCGCACAAGAAGCUAGCAGCCACCCAGCAUGCAAGCCCGGAAUGAACAGCAAUGCUAUGAUGGGCAAGGCGAUCUAUGUUCUCACCAACGAGGAAGCGAACGGGGUUCUCGCUAUCCCAAUUGGUCAGGACGGUACACUGUCAAAGGGCAAAGUCACCAUGACUGGAGGUGCAGGCUCUGUAGCUGUUGAUGCUGAUGGCAAGCCCGCUACACCCGAUGCCUUGAUCAGCCAGUCUGCUUUGACAAUCGCAGGCAACAACAUCUUCGCUGUCAACGCUGGCUCCAACACUCUCAGCAUGCUUAGAGUCUCACGAUCCGAUCCCACGAAACUACAGAUGGUCGGCAAGCCAGUCCAAAUCCCCGGCGAGUUCCCCAACACUGUCGCUGCUUCCGCCAAGAAUGGAGUUGUGUGUGUUGGUUCAACUGGUGCUAAGGCCGGUGUUUCUUGCAGCAGCUUCUCGCGACAAGGACUCGGUGCCAUGGACGAACUGCGACCAAUUGACCUCGGUCAAACAACACCUCCUGUCGGGCCUACAAACACGCUUUCACAAGUACUCUUCUCAGAGGAUGAGUCUAUGCUGUUCACUAUGGUCAAGGGUGACCCUGCUGUGAACAACACUGGCUUUAUCUCCGUCGCGAAUGUUGAGAUGAACAACGGAGUCGCGGCUGUGAGCAAGCAGGAUGCUCGUAGUUCACCUGAAGGAACAGCUGUUCUCUUUGGCUCACAGGUCAUCCCCGGAACAUCAAAGGUUUUCGCCACAGAUGCCUCCUUCGGCGCAGCCAUUCUCGAUGUCGAUCCCAACAGCUGCGAAGCCACCACUGCCGCCAAGGGCGCAGUAGAAGGCCAAACGGCCACCUGCUGGGUCGCCAUCUCCCCCGCUACCAAGUCUGCUUUCGUCACAGAUGUCGGACGCAAUCGAGUCGUCGAGAUGAGCCUUGAGGAUGCGAGCGUUGUAUCUGAGCUUGACUUGACUUGCAACGGUGACCCUGGCCUGAUCGACCUGGCUGCUUCUGGCAACUUCCUUUAUGCUCUUUCACCAGGUAAUGGUACUACUCAGGCUGCUGUAACGGUUCUCGAUGUCUCCGGUGGAUCUGGAUCGGCGAAGAUGGUGCAGCAUUUUGAGUUGGCUGGUUUGGCCAGCAACACUGCCAUGGGAAUGAAGGUCAUGUAA